AUGGGUGAAAAUAUUAAAAAGAAGAAAAAGAAAAUGUCUGAAUCAAAUAUUGCAGACAUCCAGCAUUCUUCUUCAUUCUCAGUGGCACCUUCAGAUCAUGGAGAGAAAUUGGAUGCAUCAGAUUGGCCUCUACUGUUAAAGGAUGUCGAUCGCUUGAAUAUUCGUACCAAUCACUUCACUCCAAUUCCAUGUGGUUGCUCUCCAUUACAGCGUCCAAUUACAGAAUAUGUCGGUUGCGGCUUUAUAAAUCUGGAUAAACCUUCUAAUCCGUCAUCUCACGAAAUUGUGGCCUGGUUGAAACGUAUUUUGCGAGUUGAGAAAACUGGACACAGUGGUACUCUGGAUCCCAAAGUGACAGGUUGUUUGAUCGUGUGCAUUGAAAGAGCAACGAGAUUGGUGAAGUCUCAACAGAGUGCAGGAAAAGAAUAUGUUUGCAUCUUCAAAUUACAUAGUGUUGUUGAAGAAGAAAAGAAAGUAAUUCAAUGCUUAGAACGGCUGAAAGGGGCUCUGUUUCAGCGUCCACCUUUGAUAUCUGCUGUAAAGCGCCAACUGCGGAUCCGGACAGUUUACGAGUGCAAAAUGUUGGAAUAUGAUAAAGAAAAUGCAUUUGGAAUCUUCUGGGUGAGUUGCGAAGCAGGAACAUAUAUUCGUACAAUGUGUGUGCAUCUGGGACUAAUGCUGGGUGUUGGUGGGCAAAUGCAAGAACUGCGCCGUGUGAGGUCAGGAAUUCAGUCAGAAAAGUCUGGUAUGGUGACUAUGCAUGAUGUUUUAGAUGCGCAAUGGUUAUAUGACAAUCACAAAGAUGAAAGCUAUCUGCGAAGAGUGAUUAAACCUCUGGAAGCUCUGUUAGUGUCGCACAAAAGAAUAAUUCUGAAGGAUUCUGCUGUGAAUGCUGUAUGUUAUGGAGCAAAGAUAAUGUUGCCUGGCGUGUUGCGUUAUGAGGACGGAAUUGAACUAAAUGAGGAGAUUGUCAUGGUUACUACAAAAGGUGAAGCUGUAUGUUUAGCUCUCGCACAGAUGACGACGGCUGUGAUGGCUACAUGUGAUCAUGGUGUUGUGGCGAAAAUUAAGAGAGUCAUAAUGGAACGUGAUACGUACCCACGAAAGUGGGGGCUUGGGCCAAAGGCAGCUGUGAAGAAAGAGAUGAUUUCAAAAGGCUUAUUAAACAAAUAUGGGAAACCUAAUGAAAAGACACCUGAGAAAUGGCUUGAACUGCUGUAUAGUUUAAAACCCGAAGUUAAAGAAGAAUUUCCACCCAGAAAGCGAAAACGUGAAGCUGGUAGCAGCUCGGAAGAAGAACCAGUUGCAGUUAGUUCUGUCAAAGAGGAAAGUGGAGAUGAACAGAAAAAGAAAAAGAAAAAAAAGAAGAAGAAAGCAGCUUUAGAAGAAGAAAAAAAAGCAAGUCCAGAAGAAGAAACUGCUACAGAAUCUACGGAAACACCUGUUAAAAAGAAGAAGAAAAAGAAACACAAGGAAGAGAAAGCUGAAUAA